UUGACGUACGUUUUCAAGCGCUACUUGCGAUUGAGCGAACGCGGUGACAAGUGUGUGGAUAUAUUUUUUAUUUUUUUUUUUUAUGAUUAUCGCUGGUCACUGAUCGGCACUUGUACGCGAUUAUGGCUUUCGUAUUCAGCGCUUCCGGCACUGUACAGAGGCUACAAAGGAUUUUCCAGAGAGCUUAUUCGGAUGCCAAAUAUCCUCAAAUCACAACUCAUUACACAGUAAUACCCAGGGAGACAGAUUCAAGAUGGAAAGAUGUAAAUAUGGAGAGGUAUGUGGACGAAACCGACAUUUUAAUUGUUGGUGGCGGACCAGCUGGAUUAUCGGCAGCUAUUCAGGCUCGUCGAUUGGCAGAGAAGUAUGGCAAGGAACUCAGAGUUACUCUUGUUGAAAAGGCAUCUACAAUCGGUGGACAUAUUCUUAGUGGUGCCUGUUUGGAUCCAAUUGCAAUGAAUGAGCUCUUUCCAAAUUGGAAAGAAUUAGGUGCACCGCUAAAUACUCCUGUUACGGAAGACAAAUUUGCAUUUCUUACGGAAAAGAAAAGAAUAUCUAUACCUAUUUUUAAAGGAAUGCCAAUGUAUAAUCAUGGAAAUUAUAUAGUAAGAUUAGGACACGUUGUGGCAUGGCUUGGUGAACAAGCAGAAGCUGCUGGGGUCGAAAUGUAUCCUGGUUACGCCGCAUCAGAAGUCCUAUAUCAUGAAGAUGGGUCAGUCAAAGGAGUAGCUACAAAUGAUGUUGGUAUUGCUAAAAAUGGUUCACCCAAAGAUGUAUUUGAACGGGGCAUGGAACUUCAUGCAAAAUGUACCAUAUUUGCAGAAGGCUGUCACGGUCAUCUGACAAAACAAUUGUCAAAGAAAUUGAAUCUUAGGAAAGAUUGUGAGCCGCAGACAUAUGGCAUUGGAUUAAAAGAGGUUUGGGAGAUAGAGCCAAGCAAACAUAAACCUGGAGCAGUUGAACAUACAGUUGGCUGGCCACUUAAUAGAAAUACAUAUGGCGGAUCAUUUUUAUAUCAUCUGAAUGAAGAAAUACCUCUAGUUGCUGUAGGCUUUGUUGUAGGAUUGGAUUAUACCAAUCCCUAUCUAUCUCCAUUCAAAGAGUUUCAGAGGUUUAAACAACAUCCCAGUAUUAGACCAACAUUUGAAGGAGGAAAAAGAAUAGCUUACGGUGCUAGAGCAUUAGUGGAAGGUGGAUUCCAAUCCAUUCCCAAGCUUCAAUUUCCUGGUGGUUGCCUUAUCGGAUGUACGGCAGGUUUUCUAAAUGUGCCCAAAAUUAAAGGAACUCAUAACGCUAUGAAAAGUGGCAUGUUGGCUGCAGAAAGCGUUGUUGAAGCGAUUAUAGACGCAGAAAAUAAUAUUUCAUCGACGAAAGGUUUAGAACCGAAAACAUAUACAAAUAAAAUAAAAAAUAGUUGGAUCUAUAAGGAACUGAAAGCUGUAAGAAACAUGAGGCCCAGUUUCCAUUCUUCUCUUGGACUUUACGGUGGCUUGAUGUAUUCAGGAUUUUCCAUGUUAAUGGGUGGAAAGGAGCCGUGGACUUUUUCCCAUGGAGGACCUGAUUAUAAGAAGCUGAAAUCUGCAGCUGAGUCGACGCCCAUAGAAUAUCCUAAACCGGAUAAUGAAGUGUCCUUCGAUCUUCUAUCAUCAGUGGCUCUAACCGGUACCAAUCACGAAGCUGAUCAACCAGCCCAUUUAACUUUAAUGGAUGAUACUAUUCCAGUGAAGAGAAAUCUAGUUGAAUUUGCUGGUCCGGAAGGGCGAUUUUGUCCUGCUGGUGUUUAUGAAUUCGUGCCAUUGGAAAGCGGAGACGGCGAGAGAUUGCAGAUAAAUGCGCAGAAUUGCAUUCAUUGCAAGACUUGCGACAUCAAGGAUCCGAGCCAAAACAUCAAUUGGGUCGUGCCUGAGGGUGGCGGCGGGCCAGCUUACAACGGCAUGUAAAUUCGGUCGACUAAUGAAUUCGGUCGUUGAAUGCGUUUGAACGUGCAAUGUUCGAUAAUUAUUUCAUUGCUCAAUAUUGGCUUUAUAUCUUUUUCGACGAACCGUAGAUAUAUCGUGGUAUCGUAAUUAUGUUUUCGAUCCUGCGAAUAUAAUUGGGUAUUUUUAAUGAUUAUAUGCAACGAGUUUUCUGAAUUUCGUGCGUUACACAAUGGUAUAAUUAUUGAAUAUAUUGCACAAAUAGUGUAAUUAUUUCUGAUUCAAACAGUUUAUACGAUUCGAAAUUAAUUCGAUAAAGAAACGGGCGAUUUAUAUCUUUUUUAUCGUGUGCUGGUGUACAUACGUCAAUUUCGUAAUUGUACAUAUAUAAAAUUCUUCUCCAUUGACGGGCAAUUUACAAAAUUUAUUACUUGCUAGGAUAAUGUCUAUUUGGAUCGUUGAACAGAUUGGGAAACAUCAUGUGAUACAUUAAUUUGAUGAGAAAUCUAUGUGUUCUCUUCCUAGAUCUCUUUGCGAUAUACUUUUCUAUUGAAAGUAUAAGAGAAAUAAAAUGUUUCUCGGAUGCGAAGAGGAACAUUUGUAUAACAGUGUUCUAUUGUUACUACUUUUUGAUAUUAGUUUAAAAAUGAAUCAAUUUGUACAUUAUAUUUUUAUACAGGGAAAUAUAUAUAUUUACAAUUCCAA